CAUCUUUUCACCAACUGAUUUGCUUUAAAUCUCCAAAGUAAAGCUGCACCAGUUGGAGGAUCUUUCCACGUGAAAUAUAUAGAGGAUGUCAAACUUGGGGCAACUUGACACUGACUUUUACCAAUCUAAUUAUACUAUUGAUGAUCAGGUGCAGAGCUAUAAUGAUGCCAUUGCCUAUGGAAAUCUUUAUGGAUCUGGGGAACAACAAGCCGAGGGGCAGCCCCACCCCACCUCUCUUGUUCCUCCGGAGAUGCUCACGGCACCCAGUUACCCAGGACAACUCUUUCAGCCAGCGCCCACCUCGGAUCACUAUUUGCAAUCACCUUACAGCGACGGUUUUGAUGAAGAGCCUCCUUUGCUAGAAGAACUUGGAAUCAAUUUUGAUCACAUAUGGCAGAAAACGUUGACAGUGUUAAACCCAAUGAAGCCAGCAGAUGGCAGCAUUAUGAACGAGACGGAUCUCACGGGGCCCGUCCUUUUCUGCCUAGCCCUGGGAGCCACCCUGUUUCUGGCAGGAAAAGUCCAGUUUGGUUACGUGUAUGGCAUGAGUGCCAUUGGCUGCCUUGGGAUUCAUGCCUUACUGAACUUGAUGAGUUCUGCAGGGGUGUCCUAUGGCUGUGUGGCCAGUGUGCUGGGUUACUGCCUGCUCCCCAUGGUCAUCCUGUCCAGCUGUGCCAUCUUCUGUUCACUGCAGGGUGCCACGGGGACCCUGACAGCCCUGGUUGUCAUCGGUUGGUGCAGUCUCUCGGCUUCCAAGAUCUUCAUUUCGGCCUUGGAUAUGGAAGGACAACAGCUUCUCGUUGCCUACCCUUGUGCCUUACUUUAUGGACUUUUUGCCCUUCUAACAGUUUUCUGAAGAGUGUUGGAGACGGCUUUACAAGAUCCUAUUUGUUUGCUGUUUGGAUUAUGCUGAAGUGUAUUAGCACUCAGACGUGGUGACAUGAUUUCUCGUUAUUACUGUUGAGAGAAUAAUAAGCAGAGAGACAAAACAACACUUAAGAAUGGUGCUGUAAUGCUCUAUUUGCUUUGAAUCAUUGCUUUUCAGCUUGUCACAUUACAACAUUUUAAAAUGUUUUCAAAUAAAAAGGGAUAUACUUGCUACACUGA